AUGUCUAAAGAGCUUUCUUCUACAGCUGCCCUAUACUCCACCAGUGCAGGUACCUUGUCAUCGGCGCAUGGCAUCCCACAUACCGAUCGCACACGAUUAGCAUUGGUGUUCCAGGAAAGGUAUGGAGGGGAACUUCCACCACAAGAGCGUGAUUUCAAGCUAUAUCUAGGCAAGCUGGGACUUGUUCUGGCUCAACUAUAUCCUACCAGAACAGUUGACCCUGCACGCCCUCGUGUGCUUCUAACUGCUCAAUGGCUAAGUGACUUGGGGGAAAGGAAAAAUGAAUGGGGUAUUGGAUUAAAAUUUCUGGUCGAAAAAGCUAUGUUCGAUCCAACUAGGCUCAAGAAAGAGCUAGGGCAGGAUUUGAAAAAGACCCGUAAAGCGGGUAAGAGGAAGAACCGGGCUAAGGGGAGGGAUGGCUGGGGAAUGAAGGUCGAAGUCCAACUUGUCGAAGAUAAUACUUGAUAGUUUCCAACGAAUGUCCAGUGAUAUGCUACAACUGGGUAACGGACUAUGUUCAAAAAGUUAUUAUGUAUUAUGAGUUCCUUUCUGCUUCAUACCGCACCGAUUAUUGUCGAAAGCGGAUGAUCAGUUCAUUGGUCAUCUCCGAUGUCUUCACAGGAAGACUGCCCUGGACAAAGUGCAAGUCCAUAAGUGAACGGCUCAGCUUACG